AUGAUACAAUACACACUCUACAGCUUCUGGCGCUCGUCAUGCUCGGCGCGCCUUCGGAUUGCACUCAACUUCAAAGGCAUUCCUUUCGACGUUGUCCCCGUCAACCUGUUGAACGACGAGCACAAGUGCUCCGCACACAAGAGUCUGAACCCUUCCGCGUCCGUCCCACUACUUGUCUGUAGCGAUGGUGCAAAGGCUCCGAUAAAGAUAGGACAGUCUCUCGCUGCCAUUGAAUACUUGGAGGAAGCACAUCCGCAAACGAGCCUGCUGCCCCUGCCAUCAGAUGUCCACGGACGGGCGAUAGUCAGAGCCCUGGCGAACAUUAUCACCUGUGAUAUUCAACCUGUCACCAACGUUCGCAUCCUGAAGCGCGUCGGCGUGAUGGGAGGUGACCAGCAGCAGUGGAGCAGCGAGCUGAUGGCUGAAGGGCUGGGUGCGUACGAGGCCGUGGCCGCGCUCCAUGCCGGACAGUUCUCGUAUGGAAACAGCGUGACUCUGGCUGAUGUCUGUUUGCUUCCGGCCGUGUGGAAUGCACGGAGGUUCGGGGUGGCGAUAGACCAGUUUCCGACUAUUCUCAGAGUAGCAGGGAAUCUGGAGGUUCUGGAUGCUGUGCAACGAUCGACCUACUCGAGGCAACCCGAUACCCCUGAGCAGUUCCGAUCUGAAUGA